AUGCAGCAGAACAAGAGUAAGUCGCCAGGUCCUGAUGGCCUGACGGCUGAAUUCUACCAGCAGUUCUGCACUCUCUUAGCCCCUCAUCUAACCGAGGUGUAUAAUGAGAACCUGGCUCAAGGAUUACUACCAGCCUCGAUGAGGACUUCUGCCCUGAUCUUACUGACUAAGCCGAACGUAGUCGACACUGCAGAUGUGGGGAACUGUCGACCCAUAUCCCUCCUUAAUGUCGACGGGAAGGUUCUGGCAAAGAUCUUGAUGAAACGAUUACAAGGCCUGGUGGGUAGCGUCCUAUCCACCUCCCAGUACUGUGCGCUUGAGGGUCGAACUGUCUUCGAUGCCGUUUUCGAGGUCAGGGAAGCUCUCAAGAAGUGCAGGGCUGGGGGGAGGGGGAUAUACCUCCUGGCACUUGAUCAGUCCAAGGCUUUUGAUCGGGUUGAUCACCAUUAUCUAUGGUCAGUCUUGCGGAAGUAUGGCUUGCAAAGUAAAUUCAUCAAUUGGAUCAUCACCCUUUGUAGGGGGGCCAACAGCUUCAUUCUUGUAAACGGUUGGAAAGGCAGAGCGUUUGGGAUCCGAUCUGGAGUCCAGCAAGGCUGUCCUCUCAGGCUGCUCCUGUACGUAUUCGCGAUCGACCCCUUUAUAAGGGCAAUCGACAGGACUGCGUUACAAGGAGUGGCCAGGGCUCCGGAGAGGCCUUUACGGGUGGUAGCCUAUGCUGAUGACAUCUCCAUUGUGGUCUCCAAGACUCAGGAGUCCACUUUGGUGGAUGAAAUGAUUCAUGCGUACUCUGCCGCUUCUUCCUCUCAGGUCAACAAGUGCAAGAGGGGAGUUUUCUGGUGCGGGAAGGAAGGGGACCAGUUUCCCCUUCCAGACUGCUUCCCUCAGGCCCAACCUGAAAUUAAAAUCCUGGGAGUGGUGUUCGGACCAGGGGAUCUGGCUCUCAGAAACUGGUCCGAAAGGCUUGCCAUAGCUUCCAGCAAAGUGGAGGAGAGCCAUCGGUAG